AUGUCUCGACCAGCUGCGUCUCCGUCGAAAUCCUUGCUCUGGCUUGCUGGACUCGAUCCCCGCAAUCGGGCACGAGAUGAUCGAGCGAGCCUUUCGCGACUAGUUCACUUAUCGAUCACAUUGGCCACCCCCGCUUUCCCGGGGGUCCUCGUCCCUCGUUUGUCAACCACGGCGACGGAGUCGCUCACAAGUCAACCGGGCGCGGGAAAUCCUCAUACCGUGGAGACGACGGCCCAAUGUCCGUCGACGCGGCGCAGUGCGUGCAGCCCUGUGCAUUCCUCUUCGAUCAUCGAGCCCUUGUCUGUCCUCGAACACGCGCCCGUAGCUGCACAAGCGCCGAGUACCCCUUCGAGCAUCGCGUCUGGGCCUCCGCAUGUGCCGCUCGUCAAGGAUCCCGUGGCUCGCCUGUGGGAGGACGCGGUCAGGGAGUACCAGGCGAGCGCGGGCGUCGACCACUCCUCUGAAGGCGCGCUGCUCUUCAGCAGCAAAGCCGACAUCGACGACUAUGUCCGCGACCAAGAAGCGCAGUUCAAGAAGUUCCGCAACGACGGUCCGCAAAUCCUGCGCGACCGUCUCAUGCCAGUAGCCAUUGUGCUCGGGAAGCUUUGCGAUGGCAUCGGUAACUCGCUCGCACCGGCAUUCCCUCCUGGCCCAGUCAUCUUCUCAGCGGUUGGACAUCUGCUCAGGGCGAGUUGGAAGGCCUCGACUACUGUGCAUGACGAGUUCGACGCGGUCUGUAAAGCGUUCGACGAGAUCAAGUGCCGGAUCGUUCUCAUCGACACCGUGGUCGACAGACAUGUCCUCGUUCGAGAGGCAUCUGUCGAAUUCCUUGCCCACGUCCUUGCGGUGUUCGGUUUAAUCUCGAAGAUGAGGAGAGCUGGCCGUUUCCGCGUGUGGCUACAAGGCCUUCGAAGCGCGAGGCCGAUGUCGGAGGCAUUGGCACACCUGGACAAGCUCGGAACACGCCAACACGAGAGGGUUGCUGCUGUGACGCUGGAAAUCGUCACAGAACUGACCUCCAGUCUUGCCUUGGUUGAAUCACUUCUGAGAGUCGUCUACCUAGCGAGCGUAGAAGAGGGGAAUAUUCAAGCCAUCGAGGAGAUUCACAAAAACCGAGAAAUCGUGAGACUCAUAGAUGGCGUUGUUGAGAGAGCGGCGAACGAUAUCAAGAUAAUGAAAGACAUCGCAGGCGUCGACAAAAUACUUGGGUGGCUCCAAUAUCGGGACUCGUCCGACAAAGUAAACAAACUACUGAACGACCGCGUACCUUCUACCGGAUCCUGGUUUCUGAACGGUGGUUCGUUCAUCGAGUUCAAGGACGGGUCCGUCAAGUCCUUGUUGAUGUCCGGCUCAGCUGGGUGCGGUAAAAGCACGAUGACUGCCGCUGCCUUUCAAAAUCUGCAGGAUUACCGCGAAUCCCAUUGUAGUGACGCUACCGUGCUCGUCUAUUUCUUCGAUAUCACAGAUCGCCCGGAUAAACAAACUACGGACUCUCUCAUCUCGUCAUUCCUUUGCCAACUGGCCUUGCAGAGCUCCGAGGCGGCUGCUUUCCUGUCCGCGCAUCGUGCCAGAGCAGCGACGCGCGGGCACACGACUCUGGAAGAGAAGACAGCUCUGCUGCUGAGGCUACUCCGUGCGCGACGCUCUCCAGUCUAUGUCCUUGUUGAUGCGCUGGAUGAAAGCGUCACGAAGAGUAUUCCUCCGACUAUCAGAUGGCUGCAAGCUCAUCAAGCCGUCUCGAUCUUCGUUACAGCUCGUACUGCAGAUGGCCUAGAGGAUCUGCACGACUCCCAUGUUCGCAUCGGACACUUCCCCAGAGAAAAUGAUCACGAUACGAACAUGAUACUUGACAGGGCUUUGACGAAGCCUGAUGGUAUCCUUGCUGGAGUUACGGAUCCCCUUUCCAUCCGCACUCAUCUGAAGCGUGGCGCUCAGGGAAAUCUACGAUGGUUGUCACUUGUCAUUGACGAAAUCGCGCCUGUAGCCGAGAAUCCCUCCUAUGUUUCCAUGCUUUUGACGAGUCUUCCUCAAUCUCUCGAAGCGAUGUAUGCUCAGCGUCUCAACUCUAUCAAUCCACGACUGCAGCAGAAAGUGAAGAUCUUGCUCGCGUGGCUCGUG